AUGCGGACGUACGUCGAGCGCGAUCUCACCGCGGAAGAGCGCGUGGAGGUGAUGCGUCGACCGCGGGUGGACUUUACGAGCAUCCUGGACACGGUGAAGCCGAUCGUGGAGGCGGUGGGAACGCGCGGGGACGCGGCGGUGCGCGAGUACACGAGCAAGUUCGACGGCGUCGAUUUGGAAGCGGUGACGGUGCGCGUGGAUGAAUUGCCCGAUCCCGUGCUGGAUGAUGAUGUGAAGAAGGCGUUUGACGUGGCGUACGACAAUAUCGCGGCGUUUCACGCGGCGCAGGCGAAGAGCGGGGACGUGGACGUGACGACGAUGCCAGGGGUGCGCUGUCGACGCGUGUCGAGACCGAUCGGAGCGGUCGGACUGUACGUCCCGGGCGGCACCGCGGUGUUACCGAGCACGGCGCUCAUGCUCGCGGUGCCGGCGAAGAUUGCCGGGUGCGAACGCGUCGUGCUCGCGACGCCGCCGCGCAAGGAUGGUUCCAUCGUUCCGGAGGUGCUGUACGUGGCGAAAAAGGCGGGGGUGACGCACAUUCUCAAGGCUGGCGGCGCGCAAGCGAUCGCGGCGAUGGGAUUCGGCACGGAAACGUGCCCGAAGGUGGAUAAGCUCUUCGGUCCGGGGAAUCAGUUUGUGACGGCGGCGAAGAUGUCGCUGCAAAACUCAGACGCGAUGGUUUCCAUCGACAUGCCCGCGGGCCCGAGUGAGGUGCUCGUCAUCGCGGAUAAAGACGCCCCCGCCGCCCACGUCGCCGCCGAUCUCUUGUCUCAAGCCGAGCACGGGCCGGACAGCCAGGUGGUUUUGGUGACGUUCCCGGACGUGGAUUUGAAGGCUAUCACGGACGCCGUGGCGGACCAAGCGAGCAAGCUCCCGCGCGCCGAAAUCACCGCCAAGGCGCUCGGCCACUCCUACGCCGUCGUCGUUGACGACAUGGCGGCCGCGUGCGAUUUUAGCAAUCGAUACGCUCCCGAGCACUUGAUCGUAAACGUCGAAAAUGCGGAAUCAUGGUUACCGCAGUUAGACAACGCCGGUUCCAUCUUCCUCGGGCGCUGGACCCCAGAAUCCGUGGGCGAUUACGCCAGCGGCACCAACCACGUUUUACCCACCUAUGGCUACUCUCGCAUGUACUCCGGCGUAUCCUUGGACUCUUUCGUUAAGUACAUGACGGUUCAAGAGCUCACCAAGGAAGGUUUAGACGCGCUCGGUCCUCACGUCGCCAGGAUGGCGGCGGUCGAAGGUUUGGACGCGCACAGAUCCGCCGUGACUUUACGCUUAGGCAUCGACUAG